GUCUUGUGCUAAACAGACAUCUGCCAUAGUCAGUUGACGUUCCGACGCGCUUGUGACAUGAACCCAUUCUUUUAUACCUGUCCGGUCUUGGUAGCCGCAGGGUUAGUCCUGCAUAUUGUUGGGAUGGCCACACCAUCAUGGCUAAGAGGAAUUGAAAAUGAGCGGACUUUGAGCUUCGGUUUGUGGGAAUCAUGCAUCGACAGUGAAUGUAAGACCUACCUAUCAAAGCAAUCCGAUCUGCAAGCAUGUGAAGCCUUCUCUGUGUUGGCGAUAGUUCCAGCUCUUGCCGCUCUGAUUCUUUGCUCAGUACAUGCCCUUCAAGCAAAUGCUGAAGAAAGCUCUCGGAAAAAGCAAAUACACAUUGCUAUUGCGCUGUGCCUUUUGUCAGGAAUAGCUGUCUUGAUUUGUAUCUUUGUCUGGAGAUUUUCAUGUGUAGAUGUAUAUGGUAUCUCGGAUUUCCUUGGCUACUCCUUUUACUUAAGUCUUGUUGGAGGAAUUUUGAUGUUUGCAAGCUGUGGCAUGUUAGAGGCCUACAAACGACACGCGUUCCCUGUACAAUAUACAGUUCUCUCUUGAUCUCUUGAGACUCUGGACGUGGUUUUAGGACAUUUUAAUUUGUUUGCUAUAACUUCUGUAAUGUUUUGUUAUUAUUGUUAUUAUUAUAAUCCUAUAAUCUUAA